CUGUGGCCUUUUCCUGGGCUGGUCUCCAGUGGGCAGCCAGAUGUGAAGGGUGAGGGCUGGUGGGGGCCUGGGCAACGCACAGCAAGAUCGUAUCUCCAUUGGCCUUAGGUAAAGCUGACAGUACUUAGCUGAGCUGGGGGUAGAGGAAGAGGUCAGAACCCAAGCCCACAGAGCCUUCCAGAAGGACAGGCAGUGGGGUGUGGCCUAGGCCCCCACCCACAACAUGGAUUGCUGUAGUUUCCCUGGGGAAAAGCCUGCCAUGGGACUCGAGAGGUCUAAAGCCUGGCUGGCUGUGUGCCCCGGCCCUGAGGAGAACGGUGCUUAGAUGUGCCCUUCCAGUCUGGGCUGUGGCGCAGUCUGCACAAAGACCCUGGGUCGGGACAGGUGACCAGAGCUGGUGUCUGUGCUGUGGACCAUGGUGCCCAGGCAGCUGCCACCUGACACAGGCCCUGCCCAUGGGCAGUGGUGGAGUGAGUUUGGUUGUGUUGACAUUUGUUUAUUGUAGUAAAAUAUACAAAGCGUACAAUGUACCAUCAUAAAGUGAGCUGGCCGAUGGAUUCAGCAUCCUCAGUUACAUAACAAUCACCGCUAACUCCAGAUCUAUCGAUGACCAAAGAGGCCCCAACCACACAGCCCCACAAGGCCACUUCCCUCUGUGGAGGCCUAGAGUGCAAUCCCGUCAGGGAGCUCACACUUGGUGGUGGUGUUUCCGGGCCCCUUGCUGAGCAGGUCCUUCCUCCACAUGGGCUGACGACAGUCUCCGCUCAUGGCUAAGUACUGGUCCAGAGCAGGUACCCAUCACCCAGCAGAGUCCCCCGGGCUCACUGAGUCCCACGGAGCACAGUGCCCUCCUUGUCGUAUCCAGAGGACAGAAGGGUGGGGUGGGGAAGGGUAACGGCUGGCGAGAGAGCGUGGCCUCCCGCUGUGGGACAGGAGGAGCAGAACAUCCAGAUGCCCCCAUGUAGGGAGCUGGUGGAGCCACAGACCCAAAGCCCCACACCAGGAAGUAGGCCGAGGUCAUGGGGUCCACUUCCCUGUUGCUGGGACACCUUUGUCCCUGUCAACAAUGGCCCCAGGGCCUUGGUGGUCGGAGCCUCUGAGAAGCAGAGGCAGCCAUGGAGAACCUGAGGCGGGAGGCGUCCCAGCCAUUUGUCCCCUCGGGCACCCUGGAACUGUACUUCCCUGCCCUCCUACACAGGAAUGACUACCUGUCCCUAGAGGGGCCCCGCUGGGCGCCGGCCGUCAAGCAGGCCACGCGCUGGAAGUUCACGCCCAUGGGCCAGGACGCGGCCGGCCAGGUGUGGUACACCGGCCUGACCAACUCGCAGCCGCGCGAGGCCUGGUACAUGCUGCCCGACGCGCUCGACAGCCCCUACCGCGAGGCCCACGCGCGCUGGCACGGCUGCUUCGAGAGCCGCCAGCGCGGGCUGCCCUCCGCCUACACGCAGCACCUGCGGGAGACGGCCUUCUGGGACCCCACGCUGCCUGCGCAGUACCUGGGCGCGGGCACGCGCUGGGGGUGCGUGCCCUGGAGGGACAGGCACGUGCGCGGCAAGGAGUUCGUGGUCAACAGGAACCUGUUUGGGACGGAGCAGCCCAAGCGGUCCAACUACGUGCCCGACCUGUCGCCGCCCCAGCGGCCGCGCUACACCUCGCAGGACUUCAGGCAGCGCGGCGGGGAGCGCCCCUGCCCGGCCACCGGGCAGCCGCCCCCCGCCUUCACGCCCUCGCUCUGAUAAAGCCGCACUGCCACCCGUG